AUGGAAUUCUGCCUCAUCGGCGCCGGCAUCAGCGGCCUCACAACCUGCAAAUACUUGUUGCAGAGAGGAUUCCGGCCGGUGGUCUUUGAGGCCCAGCCGAGCAUCGGCGGCUUGUGGAGGACCACGCCGGCGUCGACACGGCUUCAGUCGCUGAGAUGGGAUUACCAGUUCUCCGACUUCCCGUGGCCGGAGAAGGUGACGGAGGUCUGUCCUGAUAAUAGGCAGGUGAUGGAGACGGAGUAUAUAGAAUCAUAUGCUCUGCAAUUCGAUCUUAUAAGACAUGUGAGGUUUGGAGAGAGGGUGGAGGGAAUAGAGUAUGUUGGUGUGGGGGAGGAGGAGAUGGAGGCAUGGGAUUUGUGGGGAGGAGAUGGUGAGCUGUUCGGCGGCGGCCGGCAGGGGAGGUGGCAUGUUACCGUGCGGCGGGAGGAUGAUGGAGCUAUUGAGGUGCAUGUGAUGGAUUUCGUGAUCCUCUGCAUCGGACGGUUCAGCGGAGUUCCAAAUAUCCCGACUUUUCCGAAAGGAAAAGGUCCGGAGGCUUUCAAGGGUGAAGUGAUCCACUCUAUGGAUUACUCCAACAUGCACAAUGCAGCCGCCGCCGAAUUAGUGAAGGGAAAGCGAGUCACUGUUGUGGGCUUUCUCAAAUCAGCUUUGGAUAUAGCUGCAGAAUGUGCAAAUAUUAAUGGGCCUGAAAUCCCUUGCACAAUGAUAGUACGAACAAAACGAUGGAAUAUAUCUCAGCUGACAGCAUGGGGGAUUCCUCUACCAUACAUGUAUCUAAAUCGCUUCUCAGAAUUGCUUCUUCACAAGCCUGGAGAAGGACUCAUGUUAAGCCUCCUAGCCACCCUGCUUUCCCCUUUGAGGUGGAUCUUCUCUAAAUUCACAGAGAGUUACUUGAUUAAAACUAUUCCCAUGAAAAAGUAUGGGAUGGUACCAGAGCAUAGUUUCUUCCAAGAUAUGGCUGCUGGUUUGUUUUGUAUAUUACCAAAAAACUUUUAUGGUAAAGUGGAAGAAGGAAGUAUCAUUAUGAAACCUUCUAAGACCUUUGAAUUCUGCAACAAUGGUGUUCUCAUAGAAGAUGGGACUACCUCCAUAGAAUCUGAUUUGGUGAUCUAUGCCACUGGGUAUAAGGGUGAUCAAAAACUUCGAAACAUCUUCAUCUCUCCUUGGUUCCAAAAGAUAGUUGCAGGCACGGAAGACACGAUAGUUCCUCUUUAUAGAGAAUGCAUACAUCCGCACAUUCCACAGAUGGCCAUUAUCGGAUAUUCAGAGAAUCUAUCGAACCUCUUUACUUCAGAGAUGAGGGCGAGGUGGUUGGCUUGCUUCCUUGACGGUGGCUUCAAGCUGCCAAGUAAAAGAAACAUGGAGAAGAAUAUAAAGGAGUGGGAUCUGUUCUAUAAGACAUAUUUAGGUAGUUCGAGCAAGUGUUAUCGUAGGAAUUGUAUCACCGUUGUUAACACUUGGUAUUAUGAUCAGUUGUGCAUAGAUAUGGGUUGCAACCCUAGAAGGAAGAAGAGAUUUUUUACAGACUUAUUUAUCCCCUAUUGCCCUACUGAUUAUGCUAAACUCGAGUCGAAACUACAAUGACUAUAAUUAUUAUGAUCAUAUGUUAUGGUUUACAUUCUAUAUGUUGUGAGUUGUUUGUUAGUUCAAAUAAUUGCUAGCAAC